AUGCAUCACAACAAAUAUGACAUUGAAAUCAAAGACUUCGGGCCCAGUUGGCGCGAUGGGUUGGCAUUUAACGCCAUGGUACACAACAUUGAUCCGCGUCUGGUCGACAUGUCUGUGGUGCCGAAACGCAGUAACCGGGAGAACCUCGAUCACGCCUUUGAUGCGGCCGAGGCACAUUUGGGCAUCCCGCGACUUCUGGAUCCCGAAGGUAGGGAAUUGCAGUGUUUUCUCGUGGAGACGGGCACAGUGAAGGAUCGUUGA